AUGGUCGCCAACUACAGUCAGUUCAUCCUCUUCGGGGACUCGAUAACCGAGCAGGCCACCUCUCAGGAGCGUGGCUUUGGGUUUGCCGCCGCUCUCCAAGCAGCGUACAUCAGGAAGCUCGACGUAGUCAAUCGAGGCUUCAGUGGCUACAACACGAAUGGAGCGUUAAAAGUCCUUCCCCAGUUUCUACCUUUGCCGGACCAAGCGAGCAUCCGAUUCAUGACGGUAUUCUUCGGGGCCAACGAUGCCAUUGCCAAGGAGGCCAAUAACGGUCAAUACGUACCCUUGGAGGACUUCAAAAAGAAUCUUCAACAGCUCUUGCAGCACGAAGCUGUGAAAGCCCACAAUCCCCGGCUGAUACUGAUCACACCACCUCCAGUCGACGAGUAUCAGCUUGAGAUGGCCGACAAAGCUAAGGGCUACGACACGAGCCUGCAGCGCAGAACCGCUGAGCGUACGAAGAGCUACGCAGACGCUGCUCGUGAUGUUGGCAGGGAGUUAAACAUUGCGGUGCUGGACAUCUGGACAGCCUUCAUGCUGAAAGCCGGAUGGAAGCAAGGCGAGCCUCUUUUGGGAUCGCUAAAGUUACCUCGAUCGCCAGUGCUCGGCGAACUGUUGUACGACGGACUCCAUCUUGCUCCUGCGGGCUAUCGCGUGCUAUUUGAGGAAACAAUGAAGCUCAUUCAAGAGACUUGGCCAGAUCAGAUGCCGGAAAAGCUGCCGAGGCCGUUUCCUGCUUGGGAUGACCCGGAUAAAUCUAUAAAUCUUCCUCCAUAA